AUGUCUCCUACAGCUAAGGUGACUGCAGGCGGGGACCGGUGGCCAAAGUUGCUGGCGAGUGUUAGGGACCUCAUGGUCUAUGGCCUGGUGCUGGGGCGGGCAGUUGCCUGCGAGUGGGCGGCGCUGCUCUGCCUGGCGCUGCUGGGCCUCGCGCUGCCCUUGGUGCCGGCGGCGGCGGUUACGCGGGCCUGGCAGUCUGUGACGGCUACCGCGGUCUGGUGGGGCCUGAGGCGCGAGCGAGGUUCACGCGCCUUCAGAACCUCGCUGGUUCGGAACGCGCGCCGCCACCGAACACCGCUCACCUUGCCUCCGGCUUAGUCAGCAGUAAACGGAAGUCUCCCAGAGGCUCCGCGCCUAUUCAAAGGACUUGACCCCGCUGAUCUGUUCCCCAUGGGCAAUUACCUAGGCAAGCCCGCGCCCCCGCAGCCUGCCUCCACCUCGGAGGCCAGGGACCUGCGGGGGAGGCCUGGCCGCCGCCCGCCCACCCGCCCCACGCCGCCGCCAGCUCCAUCAGGCCAAACCCCCGGGGUUCAUACUCACCCCUCCCCACCCACUCCUCUUCCCCGACCCGCUAGGACGACUUCCCUCCGGGACUGUGGCUCUGUAGCUCAUCGGUUUGUAGUAACACCUCGAAGAAGAAAGCCAGUCCAGCAGGCCCAGUAUUCCUCGCUGGGGGUCCGUCCCACGGUGUGCGGGAAUAGUUGGCACAGGAGGACUGUGCUCUCUGCUCGCAAUUCCAAAACGGUGUGCAGCCCAGUGACAGUGAGGAUUGCUCCUCCGGAUAGCAAAUUGAAUCGUCCCCCGCUAUCAGGGCAGAUUAGCAGCUCCACACUGUCCUCACCGUCCGCUAGGGCCCCAGACCCAUGUGCAAAGGAGACUGUACUGAGUGCCCUCAGAGCCUGGAAGCAAAGGGCAGCGAAGGAGGAAGACCAAAUAUGUGCUGAUGGCCAGGAAAAUAAGAGAAGGCGCCAUGAUAGCAGUGGAAGUGGACAUUCGGCAUUCGAGCCGCUGGUGGCCAGUGGACUCCCUGCCUCUUUUGUGCCUAAGCCUGGGCCUCUGAAGAGAGGUCUCAGUCCCCAGAGCUCAGACGACCGCUUGAAUAAGAGAUCACGCACCUCUCCUCUGAGCUCCUUGACCAGCACGGACACAGGCGGCAUCCCCAUCUCCAGCCGCAACGCCAUCGCCAGUUCUUACAGUUCUACUGGAGGUCUCCCUCAGCUGCGGAAGAGGAGUGCUCCUAGUUCAUCUCCCUUCUCUAGCCCAGCUUCAUCCUGCUCCCAGACUCCAGCGAGGCCAGCAAAGAAAAUAAGAGAACAGGAACUUCCUCAUCAUUCUGGUCCUUCAACUCCCUUCAUAGCAGACAAGGAGUCCCGGGGAGCACAAGCGGCCGAUACAGCCACGUGGAAGAAACAGAACUCGAGGAAUUCUCCAUCAAUCCCUGGCAGCUCAGGGCAGCGUAAACGGAAGGUGCAGCUGCUGCGGUCCUGGCGAGGGGACCAGCUGACCUUGCCUCCGCCUCCCCAGCUUGGCUGUUCCGUCACUGCUGAAGACGUAGACUUGGAAAAGAAAGCUUUGUUUCAGUGGUUUAACGAGAUCUUGGAGGAUAAGACUGAUAGCGCCUUGAGCUCUGUCCCCGAGAACCCACCUAGCAGUCAGCCUCCCUUCACUUUUAGCCUGCCUGCUGCUGGGACUCCCGCCACCGCAACCUCGCUCCCAGCCCCCAGCCCUGACCCACUGUUGAAGAGCUCGAAGAAGAUGCAGGAUUCCCCAGCCUCCCCAUCCCUCCCCAAAUCUGCUGGCAUGGCAACCACUGUGGCCCAGUCACCUCCGAAGACACCCAGCCCUCUGGCCCCUCUUGGCUCUUCAGAGUCAGGGCCUCUUCCGGGCACCUCCUCGGAAGUCAGGGAUAAGGGUGCCGCCAAAGGAAAUGGCUGUAGGUUGGGAAGGCCCUGUUCUGAUAAGGGUGCCGCCAUGCUCGAUCCCAUGUUUUGGCCCCCUCCUAAAAGCGAGAACGAGGGCCCCUUGCCCUCUAGCCCUUCCAAGGUCACAGCCACCACAUCUUCCAGCUCAGCCCUCCCCACAACUACCAGCAGCCCAUCCCUCACUUUUAAGCCUGUCUCUCACACCAGGGAGGCAGCUGCUCCCGUGCCCACAUUAACUCCCUUCUUCAAGCAGACAGCUCCUCCAGCCAGUACUAUGCGCGCCCCUCUCUUCACUGGCCAGACCAGUGCCACUUCUGCGGUGGCUCCUGUGACCACGGCUGGCCCCUCCCCCGUAGACUCUGCUCUGAAGCCCAUGUUCCGCUUCUGUGUGAGCAGCAUGACCAGCAGCCUGAGCAGCGUGACUAGCACCACCGCUUCUACCGCCCAGCCCUUCCUCUUUGGGCCUCCCCCUGCCUCUGGUGCCAGCUUCACCCCAGCCGUGGGCUCCAGCUCCAUAGUCCAGUUUGGUAAGCCUCCCACCAUGCCUCCUUCAACAGCAGUCACCAGCUUUGGCCCGUCCCUUCCCAGUGCCGCUCAGACAGUCGCCAGCAGCAGCAGCAGCAGCAGCACUGCUGGCGAUGGCGAUGUGGGCAGCACCCUUACAGCCUCUGCCCCAGCCACCACCAGCCAGCCCGCACUGACAUUCAGUAGCACCGCCACCCCAGCUUUCAACAUUCCCUUUGGCUCAAGUGCCAAGCCCUCUCUCUCAUCACACCCAGGAUCCAACCCCCGGCCCAGCUUCGGGGCCACUGAUGGGCAGCAGCAGUGGGCUGCCCAGCCAUCCCUUGUCCCCAGCUUGUGCAGCCCCUUCACGCUGGGAGACUCUGCAGCCCCCGCCCCGACUGCAACUCCAGCCGCAGCCCAGCCCGCCUUGGGCAGCACCACACAGUCCACUCUUGGUGGCCUGAAAGCCACAGCCUCUGCCUCCGGCACCCUGGCCGGCCCCCAGCCAGCCUUGGGCAGCACCACAGCCGUUUUCUCCUUUGGUGCAGCCACCACCUCUGGCUUGGCAGCUACAACCCGGACCACCAGCAGUGGGACCAGUAGCUCCAGUAGCACGACACCGUCCCCCUUCACAUUUGGGGGAUCAGCAGCCCCAGCUGGCAGCAGAGGCGUUGGGAUCAGUGUGGCUUCCCCAGGAACCAGCUCUGCCUCAGGAGCCUUCGAGCCCGGAGCAGGACGGAGUGGGACCGCUGGCAGCACGACUCCUUUUGUGGGAGGCUUGAGUCAGAACAGCCUGGGUGCGCCCCGCCAGAGCAUCUCCUUUGCCUUCAAGGUGGCCUGCACUCCAGACAGCAAACCUGUGUUUGGAGGCAGCUCCACACCCACCUUUGGUCAGAGCACCCCUGCCCGUGGGGUGGGCACAUCAGGCAGCAGCCUCUCCUUUGGGGCAUCCUCAACACCCACCCAGGGCUUUGUUAGAACAGGGCCUUCCUUUUCCAAGGGUGCGGGAUCCAAGCCCCCAGGGGCUUGGCAACAGCUACAGGCCCGGAGGCAGCACACUAGCAAGAAGUAG